AUGUUCCUUAAAUCACGGUAUGUUGUUAAAGCGCAAAAAAACAGGUCGAUACCAAGCGUUCAGUUUUCACGACUGAGUCCGGUACCACCGCUACCGAUUUCGCCAGCUAGCAACAACAUUGUGGAAGCGGUUCUAACUCAAUCACAAGCAAGAAUUGCACCGUUAACAGCGCCCAGUGCUGGCACGGAUCAAAACACAUUCGGUAAUAGUGUUGCAUCGCUUCUGGCAUCCUCUGAUGCAAUGGAAAAUCUCGCGAGAUUUGCACGGAAUAUGCUUAGUUUACCAAUUUCGAAGCAGGGUAAUAUUUUGUCGUCACUGGCAUCGGCGAUCACCGCGGGCUCCAGAAUUCAGACGGCUCCAACUAAUGCAGUGAUCGAAACGUCUGUUGAACCACCAUCAAAUAUUCUUAACGCUCAACAAAUUUUUGCCGAAUUAAGUAAAAUUUUUUAA